AUGUCCUUCGUUGACUACGGACUGAACAUAUUCCCACUGCCGAGUUUGCGACACCGCGACGAUGUCCUCCACUCGGGUGGUGACUGUCCACCGCUCUGCUGCGAAGACUCCCUCGACUCGCUGCGGGACUCGUGCUACCGCGCCAUCGUGGACCACCUGAUCGACCUCGGCACCGGCACCGAAAACGAACUUUUGCUGGCCAGGCGCGAACUCGACAAGUUCAAAAGCCUCGUACUCACGGACGAGCAAGCCGAGCAGCUUGAACGCUUUGCCGAUGAAAACUGCGACGAAGGCGCCGAACUGGCCCUCAGGAGGAGGAUAGAAGACAAUCGAGCUUUCAUUACAGAUUAUCUGAGUAAAAAGCACGGGGAUCCGAGCGAGGUUGGCGAACCCGGCUGUCCCUGUAAAAAUGAGCUGUGCUGCAAGGACGAUGCUCAACGUAUCCCCGGGCUGACGGACGAGGCGUUUCGGGCUACCAUCAUACAAAAGGAUUCGGAAAUCAUUUCCCUGAAGAACGAAAAGGCUGUGAAGGAGACGGAAGUCAAGGAGCUCGAAGAGCAGUUGAAAAAACUGCGAGACCACGUCGAGAUAUUGGAGGGCAAUUCACGGAUAUCUCAAGGACAGUUGCAAGACGCGGUGCUACAAAGGGUCGAGGAAACGGAAAUUCUGAAAAAAAACAUCGAGAGGCUCGAGCGCGAGUUGAGGGCCAAACAGGUCGAGGUCAAGGAAAUGCGGAGUCUCCUGUGCGAAGCGCAAAACUCCCGCAAGUGCCUCCUCGAUGAGCUGACGGCCGCGAGACGCCGAGUCGAGGUGGCCGAGGCUCUGAAGACAUCGCAGGAGGCGACGGCCAAGCAACUGGGCCACGAGCGCGACAGCCUCGACAGGAGGAACCGCAAGCAGGAGGAGGAGAUCGCCGGGUGCGUCCGGAUAAUCGAAAAGCUGAACUGCAUGUACGAGCAAACCGCGGCGGACCUUUCGAGGUCGAGGCAGGAGCUCGAGUCGAGGGAGCGCAAGCUGAGCGAGUGUCGGGCCCAGUUGGAGAGCAACGAGCGCGAGGCGAGCCAGUUGAUAGACGAUCUGAGCGAGUGCCUGCACCAGCUCAGCUCCCCGGACUUACUGGAGCUCUUGAUCGGCCCGGACAAUGACGGCGACGAGGCAGGGCCGUACACCCAGGCGCGCCAGCUCACCCGCGUCCUCGAGCGCAUCGUCAGCGAGCACAAGAGGUGCCGGGAGCACCGGUCGCGCCUUCGCAGGGAGAUAGACUGCCUGGGGGCCCAGCUGCAGGUGACACCGGUGCGCGGCUACGAGCACAUCAAGCUCGAGGCUAGUAGGGAGCUGGCGAGGCUGAGGAGUGUCCUCGUGGGGGCGGAAAUUAAGGCCGAGCUCGGGAGCAUCUUCGAGGAGUUGCUGGUACAGCUGGACGAGCGCAACGUGGAGAUGGUCGAGCGGGCGUACACCGAGGUGGCGAGCGAGGCCUCGCGGGCACUCGAAAGGCUGGACCGGACGAUCGGCGAGCACGAGGCUUAUCGCGAGUGCGAGAGCGUUUUGCUGCUCGAGCUCGGGACCCUGCAGGACUUGCUCGACGCCGCCGCGAAGAAGAUUACUAGCUUGGAUUCAAAAGUGAGCCACGAGUGUGACGACAAGUCGGACGAGUUGGAGAAGAAAAAUUUCCCACUAAGGAAUCCUCUGCUGAUGAUUUUACAGCGCGUCAAGAAAUACACCAGCAUCGCCGUGAGGGUCACCGCGGUACUUCAAGACGAAUCCGUUCUGAACGUGUCGCACAAAAAACGCAUCGUAGAGCUAGAGAGUAGACUGGAGCGAGCUCAGUCCAGCGUCCAAAAGCUCACCGGUGAGCGACACGAUCUGAGAGAUAAGUACGAAAACAGCAGAAGGCAGUGCGAAGAGCUCGCUUCCGCCGUUGAAAAACUACAAGAGACCUCCACUGAGAGAACCAAAGAGCUGCAAGCAAGAAUCGACUCUUACACCAAACAAAACGAACAGCUGCACAAGCAGAUGAAGAGCAUCGAAGAUGAGUACCGAAAGAGUUGCGAGAAAAACGCAGCUCUGGCCAAGGAGCAGAGCAAGAGUAUUGGCAAGUUGCGAAGACAGGUGGAAGCAAAGGAGGCGAGAAUCAAGGAGGCCGGCAGGGACAUCGACAAGCUGAACUCGGCCCUCGCCAAGUCCAAAGAUAUGACGGCACUGCUGCAGAGCGCCCUGGAGGAGGUCAACCUGAAGAGCAUUUCCGUGCAACAGAGCAAGAUCUCGGAAUUAGCCGAGGAGAAGAAGCUAUUGGUGGGGAAAGUGGGGGAGCUGGAGUCGCAGUUGAACGCGGUCGAGGGGAGCAACGGCAAGUUGCAAGACGACCUGAGGAGGAUAAUGGCGGACAACGAGCUCUUGGAGGAGCGUGUCGGGUAUCUGAGGGGCCUGAACCAGCGGCUCGUGGACGACGAAGCCACGAGGCGCAGCUUCCUACGGACGAACUUGUGCUCCAAGUGCGACGAGCUGAUCGACAAGUUCAACCAGUGCUCGAAGCAAUCGUGCAAUUCUGUCGCGCCUACCAACGAUGCGACAAAUGUCUACGAGUUGGAGAACCAAGUGAAAAGCCUUACGGAGAAGGAAAAGGAGAUCGAUGACAAGAACAAGCAGAUCGAGCGCUUCAAAGAUCUCGUCAGCAGUGCGAACAAGGAGGACAACGACAGCGCGGCCGCCCUGGCGAAUCGCGUGGAAAUCCUGAACCGCGAGAGGUCCGAGCUGUUGAAGAAAUUAAAACAAACAUCGUUGACGUACGAAGAUAAGCUCGCUGAAAUGCACAAGCAGUACAAACAGAACGAGAUUGAAUUACUGAAAAACCACAAGGACAGCAUCAACUGCUUGGAGGCCAAGUACUUGGAGAUGCAGAACGAGGAGGGCAAGAUAUGCGGCUCGCAAAAUUGGCUUCAAACCCUAAACUCGAACCAGCUGCAAGAGCUGCACGACAAGAUUUGCAAAAGUAACCUGCUGUGCUCGAGAAAUACCCACGAAAGGGACGUUUACGAGGAGCAGAACAAGAGGAAGAACAUCAACGAGCUGAAGAGCACGAUGUCUAAUUGCAGCAGCAAAAGAGUAUCGGCGAGUAGGAAAGGUUAG